CCGAGUGUGUGGGGAUGAACGUGUUCCCUCACGUCGGUGUUCAUUUCAUUCCAGACAACCAUAUUCUCACGUCUCAACUCUUGCCUGAGGAGGAUAUUUUUUUCCCAUCGUACUUUUUAUUAUUCAAUAAGACUUCAUACUUGCUCAGAGAACUAGUGUCACCAAAUCCAGACGAGAGCAAGAAUGUGAUGAAGGAAAACUGAUCUAAAAAGAAAGUUUAUCACGUUAUUUUGGGACAGUUGAAGAAUAUCGAUAGAACAGAGGAGUUUGGAACUUUUGGAUCAGGUGGGCAGGGGAUCUAAAUGGGGACCUUGAGGACGGGAAAUGUAUUUGCCACAUCUCCAGACUCUAGUUGAAAAGCUAGCGAAGGCAACAUGAGUUGGAGCUUUCUCACUCGUCUUCUGGAAGAGAUCCACAACCACUCCACCUUUGUGGGCAAAGUCUGGCUGACAGUGCUCAUUAUCUUCCGCAUUGUUCUUACAGCCGUCGGAGGGGAGUCCAUCUACUCAGACGAGCAAACCAAGUUCACAUGCAACACAAAGCAGCCGGGUUGUGACAAUGUGUGCUAUGAUGCCUUUGCACCCCUAUCGCAUGUGCGCUUCUGGGUCUUCCAGAUUAUAAUGAUCUCCACACCCUCCAUUAUGUACAUGGGCUAUGCAAUCCAUAAGAUUGCCCGCUCCUCAGAGCAUGAGCGGCGGAAGAACCACAGGAUCCGCAAAAAGCCACCUGCUUCCUCGAGAUGGAGGGGAAGCCACCAUCUGGAGGACGUCUUGGAGGGAGAGGAUGACGACGCUGAGCCAAUGAUCUACGAAGACACAAUGGAGGGUCCAGAGACCAAAGCCGAGCCGGUGAGCGGUAAUUGCAAAGACCAGUCAAAGCACGAUGGUCGCCGAAGAAUCCUGCAAGAGGGGCUGAUGCGGAUAUAUGUUCUCCAGCUGAUGUCGCGAGCCAUCUUUGAGAUCGCCUUCCUUGCCGGACAGUACCUUCUGUAUGGCUUUCAAGUUAGUCCUUCCUUUGUGUGCAACAGAGUGCCCUGUCCUCACCGAGUGGACUGUUUCAUCUCCAGGCCCACCGAAAAAACGAUCUUCCUUCUCAUCAUGUAUGUGGUAAGCUGCCUCUGCCUCAUCUUGAACGUGUGUGAGAUGCUUCACCUGGGAAUCGGUACUUUUCGAGACACGUUGCGCCUCAGGAGAAACCGUGGUCGUCGCGGUUUUGGCUACCCGUUCUCUCGCAAUAUUCCAGCCUCUCCGCCUGGGUACAACCUGGUGAUGAAGACGGAUAAACCAAGCAGGAUGCCCAACAGCCUCAUCACCACUCACGAGCAGAACAUGGCCAAUGUGGCUCAGGAACAGCAGUGCACCAGCCCGGACGAGAACAUCCCUUCUGACCUUGCAAGCCUUCACCGCCACUUGCGGGUUGCCCAGGAGCAAUUAGACAUGGCCUUUCAGACGUACCAAACGAAAAACCACCAACAGGCCUCAGGACCCAGUAGUCCUGUGUCCGGAACGACAAUGGCUGAGCAAAACCGAGUAAACACGGUACAGGAGAAGCAAGGCGCCAGGCCCAAGUUGGCCGGAGAGAAGGCUGCCACAAUUGUAAAAAACGGAAAAACUUCUGUUUGGAUCUAGAAAUAUUUUGUUUUACCUGUAAUGUAUUAGGAACACUACUUAGUUAAGAUCUGCUCUACUCUGGACAACAAUCAGACCAUUGAAAGUGUGACAGAAAAAAAGCAGACUUUAGAGUUAUCAGAAAAUACACACCAUGAAACUUUUGAAAUUGUCUUCUUUACCUUCCAGUGUCAAUUUGUGCUUUCCACAAAUAACAUAAUAGAAUUAGUUACCUCUCUAUUUCAACUAAUUAAUCAAGAGAGAAACCAGGAGUGUUUUGAGGUAUUUAUUGUCUGCUGCCAAACUGGAUUUUUUAGCUGAUUUUUGGGAAGCAUGACUGCUGAUUGUUGUCGGAAAGAAGGGUAUUUAAUAUGAAUGGGGUUUGUUCUGAUAGCACGGAUGAGUGUUGCUGGAAGCAGAUUAAAUGUGACAAUUUUUGAUAAAGAAUAAUCACAGUCCUGAAAGCUCUCUUGCUAACCAUACAUUUUCAGUCAAUGCAUGCUCAUUUUUUCAUCACCCCCAAAUCAAUAUCACAUUUUAUAUGCAAAAGAAAAAUUGUUACCAUAUUUUAUAUCAUAGGGGCCUACUGAUUUUCUGUUAUCUCAAGACAAUGCAUGCUCUACAUAGGUUACAAUAGAAACCCCUUUUAAUUAAACAGCAGGAACUUAUCUACAGACAUUUCAAGCCUCAAAGUUGAGUGUUUUUAAUCAUUUUAACAUUUAAUCCUGCCUUCACUUUUAUCAUUCAUCAAAGUGCC